AUGCGCUUCACGACGCUUGCCAUCUUCUUCGCUUGUGCUCUUGUAGCCACUGUAAGUUUUUCUAGUCCUCCUUCUAGAAAUGUACCGAUUUUUUGUGUAUAGGGCAGCGUGAUCCGUGAGAAGAGACAGUGUGGAUGUGCUCAGCCACAACAGAGCCAGUGCUCGUGCCAACAGGCCCAACAGACUCAGUCGUGCUCGUGCCAAUCUACUCCAGUCCAACAGCAAUCGUCGUCGUGCUCUUGCGCUCAGGCACAACAGACUCAAACCGUUCAGGUAACCUUAUCUAUUAUAGAAGAAAAGCUUUAUAAAAUAAAAUGUCCAGGUUCAAUCCUCGCAGUGCGCCCCGGCUUGCCAGCAGAGCUGUUCCCAGCAGUGUCAGUCCAGCCCUUCGGUGUCCCAAUGUCAGCCAGUCUGCCAGCAGCAAUGCCAGUCUCAGUGCACUCCGAUGUACAACCCAACUACGACGACGACCACGACCACGCAGGCUCCAGUCGUCCAGUGCCAACCAAUGUGCCAACAACAGUGCCAAUCCACCUGUGUCCAGCAGCAGCAGCCGGCUUCUCAAUGCCAGCCACAAUGCCAGCAGCAAUGCAACGUGGCCUGCGAUUCCUCGUCCACCACCACCCAGGCUCCGCAAGUCAUCCAGAUCCAGCUCGAGAUCCAGUGCCAGCCACAAUGCCAGCAACAGUGCCAGUCCUCGUGUGCCCAGCAACAGCAGCCAUCCAGCCAGUGCAAUUCCGCCUGCAACUCCCAGUGCUCCAACAUCUGCCAGCAGACCGCUCAGGCUACCCAGCAAGUCGUCUACAAUACUCAGACCAGCACCCAGCAGUACUAUGAUGCCUACAACACCAACACCAACUACAAUACCAACAGCAACAGCAACAACUGCGCCCCAGCUUGCCAGCCAGCCUGCGACAACUCUUGCACUUCCCAGCAGACUCAGCAGCAGACUUACACCUACCAGACCACUGCUGCUCCGAUGUACGAUCCAUACAACAACCAGAACCAGGGAUCCUCGUCGAACUGUGCUUCUGCCUGCCAGCCAGCCUGUGACAACUCGUGUACCUCCCAGCAGACUCAGACCGUCGCCCCGAUGUACAACCCAUACGACACCACCACCGAGAGUGCUCCAUCACAGGCGGUCAUCCAGAUUGUCCUCCAGACCUCCGUCGCCCAGUCCGCCCAGUGCACUCCCCAAUGCGAGCAGUCCUGCCAGCAGCAGUGCGUCCAACAGCAACAGCCCGCUUCUCAGUGCCAGACUGCGUGCCAGUCCUCGUGCUCCAACUCCUGCCAGGCUUCUCAGCCGGCCACCACCGCCUGCCAGCAGAGCAACACUUCCAGCAACUCGUGCUCCUGCCAGGCCAACUACUCUCCGUGCGGAAAUGGACAGUGCUGCCGCAGAAAGUGA